AUGCCCACUGGAGAGCCCGCUCCAUCUGAUGGCGCGAGAAACGGCCUCUCCGUGCUGGGCGUUUUACCACGCCUUAGCGAGAACUACGCCGUACCCAUCGCACAGCUGCCUACUCGUGAGCCGUCACCAGAAUGUGUGGUAGGAACGGUCUAUCCGUUCGAGCUGCCAGACUCACCCACGGCGUGGGAGCCACAUCCCGACAUAGAGUUAGUUCGCGGAGGUGGCGAAGGCUCGUCAAAGCCUCCUACCGCUUCGCCUUCGACUGUCAGCACCGCGCCCGUAAAGCGACCGCGCCCGGGAACUACGUACAAGCAGCAGACGCUGUGGGGCGCCCCUCCUCCCCGCGACUCUACUUCAAACAAGCGACCUGCUCCUUCGGCCGAUCCGAAGCCUCCCACCGCUCUGGCGGAUGCUGAGUACGAGUCGGUGAAGAAGACGUUUGAGGGUCAGUGGCAAGGUGCUUUCAAAUGGUUGCGUUUGCUCCGCAUGUCUAACGGUCGUCCGUCUUUGAAGUGUGCUAUUUGUGUGAAGCACGGAGAUCCCUUAGCGCAUACCGCGUACGGGCCCAAGGGUGAGGGUGCGCGGGAUCUCCAGAUCGGCAGCAUCCGUACUCACUCCGCGACCCGUGCACACAAGAACGCGGUGGAGAAUCAGGAGAAGGCAGAGGCGGGGGAGGCACUCGCUGCUAGUGAUGCUGCUGAAGAGGUACCUGAGCUGCUAAUGAUUGACGACGUCGUGCGCGCCUUCGCUGACCACAUCGGCCGCAGCAGCGUUGACUACCAGAAUUUUCAAGAGAUGCAGCGGAUCUUCUGUCAGACAAAUCUAGAGGCGCAGGGGAUUAGCGAUACCCGCUGGCUCGCCCAUGGUGAAGCGAUCCAGCGCCUGCUCGACGUGCUCCCUGUGGCCAUAGUGGUGCUGAAGGAUUACAAGGCGGACCUGUACGAGGUGGUUACCUCGUUCAAGUUCCACUGGCUCAUCCGCUUUCUUGCGGAUGUGCUGUGGGAACUUAACUGCCUCAACCAGCGCUUCCAGCAGCGGCAGGUAAGCGCCUUUGUCGCUGUCUUUUAUGUUGUUGCAAGCCUUUUCGUGCACCACCUAACUCCUUGUCAUGCCCUUGUGCAGGUGGACGUUACCCUUGUUGCGCACAUCGUCCAGCAGACAAGGAUGCGUCUGAAGACGCGGUAUUCCCUCCGCGACCCUUCACACGAUUUCGGCAGCGGGGAGAAAAUGCAGCUUCCCCAGUUCAUUCACAAGCACCAGGCGAAGGAUAAGCGCGAGAUGAAGGCGGAGGGCAUAGACGGGGACGGGAAUCCCGUCACGUUUGAAUUCACACUGCACGAGCGCCCGCAGCCAGGACAUGAAACGGAUGGCGAUGUCCAGGCGUGCGUCGAGCUGUCGAUCAAGUACGCCCGCGCCAUUGACAAAGAACUGGAGUGGCGGAUGCGCGAUCUGCAGCUGCUGGAAGCUUUCACCCCAACCCCGCCCCUCCACAGGGUUUGA